AUGCCUCGAGGAAGAUCAGCCGCAAGCGCACGCUCAGAUAACAGUGAGGUUGAUGUUGAUGGAGCAGUAGAAGAGAUCGCCAAAUUGCAGAGACAGUUCAGGAUCAUGGAAGGAGAUCUGCAGGCCUACAACAUGCAGACCCGGAAACAGAUCCGCAAACAACAGCAGGAGAUAGAGGUGCUGCAGAAGGAGCAGGAGGAACUGCAACGAAACCUCGGUGCCUGUAACAGCUUGGCCCGUCAACAGCAGGAAAACAAGGACAUCCAGACUAUUCAGGUCCUGCUUGAGCAGAGAGAAAUGCUGGAAGAGGAGCUGCAGAAAGGCAAAAAAUGCCAGCAAGAGCUGAAGAAGGAGAUCUCCAGCAUGGAGUCGAAGCUAGCAGAGUUGAGAAAUGGAGCUGUUAGUAAUAGUAACGCUCAAAGUUCCCCAGAACAGCGAAUCCAAAAGUCCAUACGCACUAUGGAAUACAAACUGAACAGAGCCUUGACUCGCUUAAAUGAGCAGUUGACCAAAAACAGCCAAGUGAGAGAGGAGCUGCAUACUCUUUAUAUUGAGCGUGUUCGUUUUCAGCAACUACACAACAGGCUAAGCAAGGAACUGCAGGAAGUACGCAAGAAAAUUGGAGAAGUAAUCAACCAGUCCUCUGCUGCUUAUGACACAAGGGUGGAGGCUCACUCCAAGGCGACAAUGAUAAAAGAGAAGGCACUGAAGGACCGUGACCAGUACAGCACUGAGUUGAAGGAGCUGGAGAGGGUUAUUGCGCAUGAGUCCACCCUGAAAACGUUCAUGAUCGUCAAGUGCAGUGAUGCAGGCAGGCAGGACGACGAGCAUGAAAUGGGACCUGGACAAUCUUUGGAGCUGAAAGAGCAGUCCAGGAUGGACUCUGGAGAAGAGUCACUGGAUGCUCUAGAGGAGGCGUUUGAAAGGAUUCGGAUUGCUACAGGGGAGGAGAACCUGGACCAGCUGGUCACCAGGUACAUUCAGGUUGAAGACCGGAACUUUGCACUUUUCAAUUUUGUUAAUGAGCAAACCAAUGAGGCUGAGGCACUGAAGGAAGAAAUUAGCAAGAUCAAACAAGACAUGGAGCAGUUUCGGGUUAAAGGUUUACAGCAGGAACGACAGCACCAAUCUUUGUUGCAAGAUAUUGAUAAGCAACUAGAGGGAGUUUUAUCUCAAAGAAAGGCCAACGAGAACCGAGCCAGCAUCAUAAGCGAGAUUCUGGACAAGACUAAAACAGGUGUAAACAACAUCUUCACUAAAGUAGAGUGUGACCGCUCAGCGAUAGAAGAUAUGCUGGGCUCCUCCAGUGGGAUCACUGAGAACAACAUAAUGUCCUACCUCAGCUUAGUGGAGCAGAAGACCAACGAACUGCUCACUGUGCAGGCUUUCCUCAGUACUAAAGAUCUAGAAGACCCAGCAGGCUUCCCUUUGGGUCAGAAUCCAAAACUACUUCAGCAGAAUAUCAGCAUCCAACCUGCAGUCAACAGAUCCAUUAGCGUGGCGUAUAAUGCAGAAGAGUCUCCUGUUACUGAUGAAGAAGAACGGCCACUCUCACAAGGGGAACUUCGCCAAAGGAUAAUGAAGGGAGUUCUGGAGAAAGAGUUCUACACGACAGACAGCAACAAGACCAUCAAAGAUCAGUCUGCAGUUCAGAGUCAGAUCACACCCACCGGAAGAGGCAGUAAUCUGAAACACUGACCCCACCAGUCCAGUAAAGAUGCACAUUUUAAAAACAGGAUCAUUGUCAUUUACUGUACAGAUCAGCGAAGGCCGUGAUAGCUGAUGGAACCAGCUACCACAUGUAACAUUUCAAAGCCUAAUUAUGUUGUAUGUUUGUCAUCUUUUAUGAUGAAUCAUUGGCAUGGUCUGCUGUAUUGUACGUAGCUCUGAUUUGCUUAGGCGGGACUAAUUAGCUUAGGAGCUAUAAAGUCUCUAGUAACCAGCUGUCCUUUUGAUGUGUUACUUGCCAUCUGGCUUUGACUAUACAAUCCAGUUCCAGCACAGCCCUCCCUCCCUGGCAGCGCUUUAUUACAUGAUACUUGCUGCCAUGCUCAGACAAAAAGGUUGGGGGCAGCAGAACCUUUUGUAAUUCUAAUUGACAUGCUGAGAAUAAAAAAGGUGAUUUUUUUAGGA